AUGAAGCUAUUGUUAGGUGUAUUGUUCCUUUGGCUGCUCUCCUCAGAAGGUAAUGCAGACGAUCUGAAAGAAUAUGGGAAACUAGAGGCUCUAAGAAGCUUGCAGUUUUCAUGUGAGGAGACGAUUUUCCCUGAGACCCCCUCAUCUUCAGUUCAUGCUCUAAGGCCAGCUGACAUUAAAGCAGUCACUGCAAUAGGAAGUUUUCAAAGAACACCAGGAUCUGUUGAGGAUUUACUCCAAAGCACAGGAAAGAGCUUCCUUGAAGUAAGCGUGGAAACUUUAGCAGGUCUCAUUAGCACUUUUAAUCCCACGGUCCUACACCUGUCCCCUCUGCCAGACACAAUGGGAGCAACGCCAGACAGUCAACCCAUAGACCUCCUGCAUCAAGCUGAAGAAAUAGUGGAGCUCAUGAAAGAGAAUCAGUUGAUGGACUUCCAAAAUGACUGGAAACUAAUCACAGUGUUUUUUAGUGCUGAAAACCCAUGUUCCUCCUGUGCUUCCACACAACUGAAGAACUGCACACUGGAAAAUCUGGAAAAACUUAAAGCUGUCCUGGAUUUCUUGUACAAGAAGGUUCCCAAGGCCUUCAUAAAUCUAGUGGAUUCCACUGAGCUCGCAACUGCCUCUCCUGCAUGCCAAGGUUACAGCAAUGCCAGCAAUCCAGACAGGAAUCAGUGCAGUUGUGUGGGUGAACGCUUCACAUUAGAUGAUAACAUACUGAGGUGGUCCUAUCAGGAUGCUUGGGAAAAACUACUGGAAUCUGAGAGGUUUGAUCAGAGGGAUGACUUCACUGUUGUUCUUCAGCCUUCUCUCCAAGAAAGAAAUCUGCUGCUCAGACAGGGGAAGGACAGUUUGACUGCAACAUCAAAGACACAAAUGAAAACUCUGGAAGACUGUAUUUUCAUGGCUGUGGGCCUCUGGAACAACAUGAUGCAACCAGUUGGACAGAAGCAGCCUUAUGGUGUCACAAAAAUUGUUGAGGUCCAAUGUCCAUCUCAGGAAAAUCCGUAUUUGUUUACAUAUAGAAAUAGUAAUUAUUCAUCUUCCCUGAAGACAUCAAACACCAAAGAAACAUCUCAGGAGAGAAGUUAUGGAACAAAUAUUCCCUGUACUGACCGGGAUCCAUCUGAUACAGUUCCGGUUUCAGUUCAUAAUUUGAAACCGGCAGAUAUUCGGGUGAUUGCCGCAGUGGGAGAUUCGAUCACAGCAGCUAACGGGGCAGGGUCCAAACCCCAUGAUGUUCUGAAUGUCCUGGUUCAGUACCGAGGUCUUUCUUGGAGUGUUGGAGGAAAUGAAAACAUAAGCACAGUCACGACACUACCAAAUAUUCUUCGUGAGUUCAACCCAACCUUGGUAGGGUAUUCCACUGGCACUGGAUCGGAGAAUUCACAAAAUGCUGCACUCAACCAAGCCGUGGCUGGUGCUCGUGCAGAAGAUGUUCCUCAACAGGUUAGAAAACUGGUGGACCGCAUGAAGAACAAUACUAGAAUAAAUUUUCAGACUGACUGGAAACUCAUAACACUUUUCAUAGGAGGGAAUGACCUAUGCAGCUUCUGUGAGGAUCCAGCUCACCAUUCUCCUGAAAACUACACCUACAAUCUACAAACAGCUUUGGACUUACUUCACAAAGAGGUUCCACGGGCAUAUGUGAACCUGGUGACAAUACUUUCCAUUGAAACACUCCGGGAGCUGCACGCAUUGAAAAACAAUAGCUGUCCAAAAUUGCUUAUGAGGAUCCUGUGCCCUUGUGUCAUAACCCCUAAGGACAACUCCAAUGAGUUGAAGAGGUUGAUCUACUUUAACAGAAGGUAUCAGGAAAGAACCCGCCAGUUAGUGGAGAGUGGAAGGUAUGACACUAAGGAUGAUUUCACAGUGGUUAUGCAGCCAUUUCUGACUAAUAUGGACAUGCCAAAAACACAGGAGGGGUUGCCGGAUGAUUCCUAUUUUGCCCCAGAUUGUUUCCACUUCAGCCAGAAGACUCAUUCCCAGGCUGCACGUGGUUUGUGGAACAACAUGCUGGAGCCCUUAGGGGAGAAGAGAGAUAAUCAGAGCAUGGAAGAGGAGAUUCUUCUCAAAUGUCCAAAUGCAGCUGUGCCGUUCCUGAGGACGUAUAAGAACAGUAAUUACACAUACCCCAACCAAACUCCAAAUUAUGGGAGCCAACUGCCAUGUGAAGACAGGUCCCCGUCCUCCCCUCCUGCAGCUUCAGUGCAUUCCCUAAAGCCAGCUGAUGUGAAGAUUAUAGCAGCCCUUGGGGAUUCUUUGACGGCUGGUACAGGAAUCACCUCAGAUGGUCUAGAGGAUUUGGCCACUCAAUACCGGGGACUGUCUUGGAGUAUUGGAGGAGAUGAGUCGUUAAAGAAUGUGACAACUCUACCUAACAUCUUUCGAGAGUUCAAUGUUACAAUCAUGGGCUAUUCAACUGGCACCGGGAGUGAGAAUGAUUCCAAUGCGUUCCUUAACCAGGCAGUUCCUGGAGCAGAAGCUGAGCACUUACCAGCCCAAGCAAGAAAUCUUGUGAGACUUAUGAAAAGUGAUUAUAGAAUUGACUUCAGUGCUGACUGGAAGCUCAUAACUGUGUUUAUUGGAAACAAUGAUCUGUGCAACUACUGCAAAGACCCUGAACACUACUCACCUGAGAAUUACAUCAAAAGGAUCCAAGAAACUCUUGAUAUUCUGCACAAGGAGGUUCCAAAAGCUCUAGUGAAUCUGGUUGACGUGGUGGAUUUCCACCCUCUGAGACAGUUCUUUGUGGAUACUCAAGUUCAGUGCCCCACUUACUUGGCAGAUUAUCUGUGUAGCUGUAUUUUCACAGGAGAAGAAAACUCAGAAAAUUUAACGAUGGUGAGGGAAGCCACCAGAGCUUACAGGCUUGGCAUUCAGAGACUAAUAGAGUCUGGCAGAUAUGACACUCAUGAAAAUUUCACAGUGGUCAUCCAACCUUUCCUCCAAAAUAUAAAGAUUCCUCUUGGUCAGGAUGGGCAACUAGAUGUAUCCUACUUUUCACCUGACUGCUUCCAUCCCAGCCAGAAGGGCCAUUCUCAGCUUGCCAAGGCUCUCUGGAAUGCCAUGUUACAGCCUGUAGGCCAGAAGGCUGACUCAUUUGAUUUCACGGAUGACAUCGUCCUUGGCUGUCCAGCUCAGAACAAGCCAUUCCUGGGAACAUACAAGAAUAGCAACUACACACCUGUGGAGCCCACUCGUGAGCCAAUAGAGAAUUGGGGCAGUGAGCUAUCGUGUCCUGAACGGUCUCCAUCUAGUCGUGUGCCAACAUCAGUACAUGAGCUACGACCUGCUGACAUCAGAGUCAUAGGAGCACUGGGAGAUUCCCUGACUACUGCAGUAGGAGCCAAAGUACCUGACCUAGAAACAGACUGGAGGGGACUUUCCUGGAGCAUUGGAGGUGAUGAGACCCUGGAGAUCCAGGCUACUUUACCUAAUAUCUUGAAGAAAUUCAAUCCGAACCUCUUUGGCUUCUCCACUGGCAUUUCUAAGGAAACAGCUGGAUUCAACGUUGCAGAGAGAAAUGCCAUGGCGCGCAAUAUGCCAGCCCAAGCGCGUGAGUUAGUGGAGCUAAUGAGAAACAGCUCGAAAAUUAACUUCAAGGAAGACUGGAAGCUGAUCACUGUCCUUGUUGGAGGCAGCGACCUGUGCCAAUACUGCUUGGACAAGGAAACCAACUCAGUGCAAAAGUAUGUAAAGCACCUUCAGGACACACUGGAUAUUUUCUAUGAGGAGCUCCCAAGAGUCUUUAUCAACAUGGUGGAAAUGCUAGAGUUUUCUGGACUGCGUCAGAUCACAGCAAGCUCUUCAGGGUGUGCUCUGACAGCAAAGCAAAUUUGUCCAUGUUUCUUAAACCCCGAGGAAAAUUCUCCUGAACUACAAGAAAUUAAGAGAGUUAACAGAGAUUUUCAGGCUGAAGCCUUGCAGCUGAUCAACAGUGGUCGCUAUGAAAACCGUGAGGACUUCGCCGUUGUCAUGCAGCCGUUUUUCCGAAACACCUUGUUGCCCCUGGAUAGCACUGGUUGGCCAGAUCUGAGUUUCUUUGCUGCAGACUGUUUUCAUUUCAGUGUAAGAGGCUAUGCUGAGAUGGCCGUGGCUCUUUGGAAUAAUAUGCUGGAGCCAGUUGGUGAAAAGCAGACUUACAACAACUUUACCCUUGAAAGAUCAAAACUCAAGUGUCCAAACCCAGAGAAGCCUUUUCUUUUCACGCGGAGAAAUAGUGGAUUUGGAAAUUCAGACCUCAACUUGGAGAAAUCUGAACCUUCAGUCCCCUACUGGGCUGUCAUUGUGGCUGCAAUAGCUGGAGUCCUGCUGGGUUCUUUAUUUGUCCGCGCUGUGUCACGAAGAGGAACCAAGAAGUCCCAGCGUAAGACUGACAUAGAAAAGGACAUCAAAACAACCCCUCUGUAACACAAGUCAAACAAACAUCUUUCUCUGGCUGCUCUUUGGUGUGACACAAACUAGCAGAAUAAAAAACCUGUUGGACAUCAAUGAAGCUUCUUGGUUGCCCACGGAUUUUUGGGCCCAAUAAUCUUAGUAAGAAAUGUACUGUAAAGUUAACUUCUGCAGAUCAGUCAGGUGGAGGAUGAAGUUCUAGGUAUGUUGUGGUUUAACCCCAGCUGACAAAUAAGUGCCACACAGCUGCUUGCUCACUCCUCCCAUUCCCCCUCAGUGGGAUGAGGAAGAGAACUGGAAAAAGGUAAAACACACGAGUUGAGAUAAGAACAGUUUAAUAACUGAAAUAAAGUGAAAUAUAAUAACAAUAACUGUAGUGAAAUGGGAAAGAACAAAAAAGAGAGAGAGGAGUAAAACCCAAGAAAAACAAGUAAUGCACAAUACCAUUGUCAUCACUCGCUGACUGAUGCCCAUCCCAUCCCCAAUUAGUCAUCAGCUCCUCCUGCCCUUCUUCCCCAAGUUUAUAUACUAAGCAUGAUGAUUUAUGGUAUGGAAUAUCCAUUUGGCCAGUUUAGGUCAGCUGUCCUGGCCUGGUUCCCUCCCAGCUUCUUCUGCUGGCAGAGCAUGGGAAACUGGGAAGUCCUUGAUGUAGAGUAAGCACUAUUUAGCAACAACUAAAAUAUCAGUGUGUUAUCAACAUUAUUCUCAUACUAAAUCCAAGAUGCAGCACUGAACCAGCUGCUAAGAAGAUUAUUAACUCUACCCCAGGUGAAACCAGGACAAAGUCUUAAAGCUUUUUCAUUCAGGGGUGCAAUUCUCUGUUUUGUGAAUAAUACUUAGGAUGUCAAUUGCUUGCAGAAAGCAAGAAAACUUGUUGAUGCAUCUUGGCACCUUAAUUGUGCAUCUGUCCUUGUCUCUUUUAAAACUACAUUUAACAUGUUAGAUACAAGUCCAUGAUUGCAUCCUGGUGUUCUCUAAUAGCAAGGUGUGAGACAAAUAGCAGCUGCAAUUUCACAGUAGAUUCCAGCAAGACUAUUGAGCUGAAGGUGCUAAGGUGAUUCUACAGGAGCAAGUACAAUGCCUUUGAAACAUCUUUAAGCCAGCUUCUGAGCAACUUGGAUCAUCCACAUGUCAUCCCUGAUCCAGUGCUGGGCAGCACAGAGAGAAUAACUGCACCUUCUCCACUGCCUUGGACUCCAGGUUCCAUCCAUCUGGGACUGGGUGUGGAGCUGGGCCAUGCCCAUCACUUCUCCUCCAGGGGUAAAUAGCCCAGGGGCAGUCCUGUACCUUCCUGCCCACCACUGCAUGGCAGCUGGUUCCAGAACGACUCUUCCUGUGAUAAAGGAAUUUCUUCACUAGCAUGCAGUACAGGGUCUAAACAAAAAUGAGAUACCUGUAAGCUUAGCCCUCCUUGCAGGAUUUGUGUUCUGCUCAGGUCUCCCAGGGAGGAGAGUCCAUGGCUGUUCUCCAAGGAAGAACUUUCAAAGUUAGUUUCGUUGGGCUUUUUGGUGUUUGUGGGGUUGUUUGUUUGU